CUCCUCCUCCUCCUGCUCCUCCUGCUCCGGUCGGACGGCCACAUUCCCCGCUACCUUUCACCCCGGAGAAACCCUGAUCUGACGGCGAAGCAGCGCGGACAAACCCCGGGACAACAUGGCGUCAGGUGUGACAGUGAACGAUGAGGUCAUCAGGGUGUUUAACGACAUGAAGGUGAGGAAGAGUUCGACUCAGGAGGAGGUGAAGAAGAGGAAGAAGGCGGUGCUGUUCUGCCUCAGCGAGGACAAGAAGAAGAUUAUCGUGGAGGAGGGGAAGCAGAUCCUGGUGGGCGACAUCGGCGAGACCGUGGACGACCCCUACGCCUGCUUCGUCAAGCUCCUCCCCCCCGAGGACUGCAGAUACGGCCUGUAUGACGCCACCUACGAGACCAAGGAGUCCAAGAAGGAGGACCUGGUCUUCAUCUUUUGGUACUGCAGCUCCUCCUCCUCUGCACCUCCUCUGUCACU